CAACACAAGAGAUAUUUUCUUCACACAUAGUAUGAGUUGCAGUCUGACACAGUUUUCCACCCCCUUUUGACUUCCAGGAUAUAGGCCUAAUCCCAGCCCUGAUCACAGCUGUUUUUAAAUAUCGAUUAUUGGUCGACAUUGGUGUAUUCCAAAAUAUUUUAGGCCUACUUGAAGUAAAAUAAACAUUUACUGAAAUUAAAUCUAAAACACUAAAACGUAUCUUAUUUCGGCAUGUUUCCAAAACAAAUUUCUCAUUUUUAUUUAUUUUAAGAAAGAAAAAAAGAAAAAGAAAACUAAUAGACAUGACAAUACACACAACAAAAUUACUAAAAAAAUAAAUUAAAAUGUUAAAAAAAUUAUAAAAUAUAUUAAAAAAAUACAAAUUCAAAAUACUAACAAAAGUGUAUUAAUGAUACUAAAAUAACUCUGUAAAACAGUGUUAAAAUAACACUGUAUUGGUAAAUCCAUCUGGCAGUAAGUUGAAUGUAAGUGUUUUCCAAAUAACUGUUAACAUAUUUUCAAUGUCACAUUUGAAUUAAAAAGAUUAAAUUCUAUAAUUAUUCAAUUGUUAUGCCAAGCGGCUUGUUCAGUUGUGUCUUCUUGUCUGUUUGGACACAAUAUUAUUUACUGAGCCAACAUCAUUUUGCCAGAGUUUCUUCAAGCAUGAUUCCAGUCUUGAAUUUUAACAUAGACUUCAGCAGUGAAUAUAAAGUCUGAAUUGCUCUCUCUGAAUGAUUCUACUUACAGCAACAGUAGAUGAAUCCAUUUUUACUGACCACGGUUGCAAUCAACCUCCCAGUAGGAGCAUCCCUGGAAAGAAACGUUAUUCACAGGACUUCCUGACUGUCACACCAUGGAUAUUCUUUUCACCUCGUCCUUCCCCGUUUUAUGCCAGGACUCUAGAAAUUAUAAUCUCACAACUCUCUGUCCUGACAACCAAAAGGUAAACUCAACGCCUCCUGCUCUGGUUAACCCACCAGCUUUUGGGAUGUCCUACUUCACCAUGACCCUCGGUGCCCUCUCAAACCUAACUGCACUAGGUAUCCUAGUCCAUUCCUAUGCCUGCUUCCGCCGACGGGCCAAAGUGCCAUUCCUACUGCUGGCUUCAGCCCUGCUUCUGAGUGACCUGGCAGGUCACCUGAUCACAGGGGCUUUGGCACUUCACCUCCAUCUUGAAAGGGUGAAGCAUUAUGGGGCGGCAGUAGCAGUGGAGCCUCCUCAGGUUUACUGCAAGUUAUUUGGAGCUUGCAUGGUGUUUUUCGGUCUCUGCCCUCUGCUGCUGGGCAGCGCAAUGGCAGUGGAGCGCUGCAUAGGCAUCACGCAACCUCUCCUGCACCCAGCGGUUGUCACCAUGACACGCGUCCGCCUCACCGUGCUCCUGAUCGCCUUCACAGCUCUCACUUUGGCGGGACUCCCUCUGCUGAACGUGGGCAACUACAAACCACAGUUUCCAGGCACCUGGUGUUUCUUACCUGUGAACGGUCCGCUUUCCUUCACUGACGCCAGCCUUGCUUUGGCUUUUUCCAUACUGGGGCUUGUAACAUUGAGUGUCUCAGUUGUGUCUAAUAUUAUAAGUGGGCUGAAAUUGCUCCAAGCGAGGUUUAAGGACCGAUGUGUUAAGUCAAACGCUGCUCGGAGACAUGGAUUCGUCUCAUCUUCGUCUCUGCAUUCCUUGGAUGUGGAAAUGAUGACUCAGCUGGCCGUGAUAACAGUGGUCUCCUGCAUCUGUUGGAGUCCAUUUCUUAUUUACAUCCUCAUAUCCAUUGACAGGUUUUAUAAAGGAAUCAAGAGACCAGUGCAUCAGUGUGAGAAGCUGCUUCUCUUGGCUCUGCGCUUGGCUAGCUGGAACCAGAUUCUGGAUCCAUGGGUUUACAUCCUCCUCCGGCGAGCGGUUCUGCGAAGAGUCCUUCAGCUGCUGCAGCCCGACAGAGUCGUGUUUACACAGAGCAGCUACUACAGAGACUCACACAGAAAGCAAAUUACUUCACACUGAUUACACAUUUGUUUAUAACUUUGAAUAUGUUUACUUGGGGUCAUUCACCAAAAAUAUAUGAAAUCAAAUAUUUAUAAAGAAAUUGCGUGAGAAUUUUUUCCAAGUAAAAAAGAAGUGCAUGUGUAUAGCCUACUUCAAAUCUCAAAAGUUUUUUUUUUUUACUUUACUUGUAGAUAAUAUAAUAUUAAUCAAAUAAAAAGCCACUUUAAAUGUACUGAAAGUAUACUUUCAAGACUAUAUAUUUUUUUUAAAGCUGCAGUCCGUACCUUUCUUUUUUUUUUUUUUUUUGGUUAAAAAUUAUCCAAAAUCAAAUUUUGAGCAAGUCCAUAAACCAUAGCGGUCAACCCUCCCGUUUUUUCCGGGUUUCUCCCGUAUUUUAGCUCUUUUCCCGCUGUCUUCCCGUUUUAGUAUUUUCCCGUAAAAUAUCCCGUAUUUUUACGCUCUGAUUGUGUUAACUCAGAACAUGCAACUAUCUGUGUCUGAGAAGUGGCUUGCACUUGACCACGGGCGAAGCACGUAGGCUAUGCAUGCGCCAAACCCGUCUUUCCGCGCUCAUGGAGUUUCUUUGAAAGGCUCGCGGGAGAAAUGGGAACACGGGGGCACCGCGAUGCGACCGCAAAGGGCACUUUCACUUUCACGAUCAAAGUGCACGCCACUGAUAAGCAUUGUAAAUGCAGUAUUACAGUAUACACAUAGCAAUUAAACGUGCAGUUCUCCUCUCAUGCGUCCUCCUCACUGGACGAGGCAAUAUCACUUUCGUUUCGCUUUCAGAUAUAUCUUUUAUAGAUGCCAUCAAUGCUUUUACCUUUCUAGAUGUAUUUACCGAAAUCAAAACAGUCCAUAAACUAUAAAUCCUCAUGAAAACUUCAGUCAAGCCAGCUCACGCGUCAACCUGAGAGAUCAGCCUCCAAAUUUCGCGGUUUCUGAAUGGGCGGUUUGGCUUGAUUGACAAACGCUAACGUUCGGGCAUGAUUUAUAUACCAUCAUCGACCUGUCCUAAAACGUUAG